AAACCGUGUCGCCAAACUUGGGUGCGCCAGACAUCAACAACCUCAACAUGGAGUUCUCGCCAGAUGACGCUGUGGUCGGUGGGCUUGACACCAGCCUCGAUAACAGCAACGCCACCCCACUCCUCAUCUCUACACCUCCACUGACGACAACAGGAAGCGCCAGACCUAGACCACUUUCCCCAAAUAUCACACCCACCACUGUUAGACCAGGAGCAAUCCAAUUCAGAUUCUCCCCACGACAGAGCAAAACUGAAAUCCUCCCUAAAACGACCACAAUUCCAUCAACUAGUGCUACCACUUUCAAGUCUAAAAUCCGUGAUUUGAAGACAUCAAGUCCGGUAAAACCACUGGAUCUUCCUGUAGACCCAGCCAUUUCAGCUCACGACGCAGUACACAACCUCUUCAGCAAGCCGGGACCCUACCCCAGCCCGGGUAGUGGACCUCCACCAAACAGCUGGCUCCAAGGGUCGCAAGGUGUCAAGAACCUACCUGGGGGUCAAGGUCAACAACCUCCGGAAGGUCAAACACCACGCAACAUUCCCUGGUGGUGGUUGCUAAUGGAAGAGGUUUAA